CCCCACGCCUCCUCAUUGGCUCCUCCAGGCACGUGGUAGGGUGGUCCCGCCUCCGGGUGGCCUGAGAGGCGGCACGCAAAGCCGCAUGGACAGCUUGGCGCCAGGCCGAUGGAGACGACGGAGGAUCGAGGAGCUGCCGGUUGCAGGGGACGCGAAACGGGCAUGCAGGAGGUCAGAAGCUGAGUACAGCAGCCACAUGGUAAGCACCUGUGCCCUGCUGUCCUGGAGCACAGAGGACCAGGAGCCACGGCCUCGAGGCCCACCUGUGCUGCGACCCGAGUGUAACCAGGAGAGGCCGAGCUCAGUGAUUCUGCAGAACAGCGGAAGGAGUUCAGCCCAGCCUUGCCCGAGAUGUAUUGCAGGGGAAUCUCUGUCAAGCUCCUGCCUUCCCUGAUCUGCACUUUCCUGUCUUGCACAUCCAGAAACAACGGGUGAGGACUGUUACCAGCAGAUUCCCUUUCAUUCCACCAAUGACUGAAUGCUGGACUGUCACUGAGCAGCUGACUUCCCUGUAGUCAGCUUGUCCAUGGGAAUGCUGCUGCUGUUCUUUGUCAGUUGAGACCAAGUGAGGCAUACUGAGGCUGCAGGAGCUACAGAAUAAACAGAAGAGGAUCUGGGAGGGGUUGGGGAUUAGAAUGUAGAUCAUGAAGGAUAUGGGUUAUAAGGCAGAUCCAGGAAGGGUGAGAGAUUAUAAGCAAGAUCCAUGAAAUGUGGGGGGCAGAGGAAAUCCUCCCACCAGUCCUCAAAGAGUUACAAUCGAGUCAAGUCCUCAAUGAGUGUGUAUUACUGACGUGGGCACAGGAAGGUCAAGGAUCCUAGAGCCUUAGACCCAUGGAGAAAAUGGUAAAGUCUCCCUGGGAGUGAGGCUCAGAGGAAAGAUGGCAAAACCUUCCCUUUGGGUCCGUGUGUGGAUAUUGAUAGUGUGUGCAGAAAAUGCCCACCAUUGCUUUCUCCCCCAGAUAUUUAGGGCCUGAAGACUGCUCCCCUACAGAGACAGCUCCUACUAAGGUUAGCUAUACCUGCCUCCUUGAUCCAGCUGUAUACCACAAGCCCUUGUUUCUCUUUGUGUAAUAAUCCUACAUCUUUGUCCAGCUGUAUGCAAUAACCCCACCUCUCUGUUCCACUCUAUGUAAUAAACAUGCUGCACUUUUGGUGUGCAGCAGUUUCUCUACCAGAGAGCCCAGAUCACCCAACCCUAGCUUUCUGCCCAUCCAUCCAUCCAUCCAUCUAUCCAUCCAUCCAUCACUCUCUACUCUCUCCGCCCCAGUCAGGUCCAAGUCCCUGAAGCUGUGCCUGGACACGGCACUGGCAAUGAAGAGUUAGGGUCAUAAGGAGUAUCCAAGAAGGUGGGGGAGUUGUAAUGGAGAUCUAUGACAGGUGGGGUUUUAUAAGGGGGAUUCAUAAAGGGUAGGGAGGUCAGUGAAGGCGGUUUUUAAUAAAGAUUUAUGAAAUGGGGAGGCCCCACCACUCUAGGGACUUCCCAGACUCCCCUGGCCUGGUCCCAUAGCACACAAGAGCCUCAGGAGAGGACAGUCCUGUGGAGAAUGUGGGGGCAUGCUGCAUUCUCUCUGGAGAACUGCUGUCCUGGGCCAUGGAAGACCUUGAGCACCACAGGAAGGACCUUGUUUCUAAAUGGGUACCCUGUCCUGCUCAUCAUUCUUCCAGGACUGUGAGAACAUGGCCUGUGUGUUCUAUGAUCUCCUGUGUUCUCAUAGGAUGAUCUAUGAUCCUGGAUGUUUUUAUGGGAUAUUCUUUUAUGGUCUUGUAUGUGUUUGUAUGAUAUUAGAUGUUCUUCUAUGAUGUUGUAUGUUUUUAUAUGAUUUUUCUAUGAUUUCAUAUUUGUGUAUUUUUUAUAUAUUCAUCUAUGAUCUUAUAUAUUCUUGUAUGUGCUUAUGUGAUCUUGUGUGUUCUUAUAUGAUGCUCUUUUAUGAUCAUAUAUGAUAUUGUUCUAUGA